AUGAUUUCUACCGUCGUGAUGGCCGCUGGCCAGUGCCGUUCUUCCGUGAAUGUUGCGUCGACGACUAAAACGAUCCACAUCGACAUCGAGACGGUGAUGAAAAAGUUCCAAGGGCGACUCGUCAACGCGGAAAAUGUCGAUUUCUCGGACUCAAUCGCGGCAAAGGGCAAACGAUCAUACGGAAGUACCGGCCACGUCCUCGAAGUUAUUGGCAGAGGCACCGGCGAACCGGAAACUCCCGCCCAGAAAUUCAACCGCCUCUACCUGGAGAUCAGCGAGUUGGGCGAGGAGAUUUCGUCGACGGACAGCCGGCUGAACACGAUACUCAGCAAGAUGAAGCAGGUCGACGAGAAGAAGGAACAGGCGCCGGCCGACGAGCUGGAGCGCAACGUCGACGAGCUGUUGGCGCUGAUGAAGAAGUGGGACCCGAUCUGCACGAAUCUGCCGAGCCAGGUGAAGAAGCUCAACUCAUUGGCGAGGCUUCACGAAUGUGAUCCUAAGAAAAAGGGCGCCGAGCUGUGGCCGAUUCUCCACAAGAACGACAACAUCAGCGCCAUCAGCGCCAUCGAGGUCAUGCGGGUCAAUUUUUGUUUCUGCCUCCAAAUGGCUUUUUAUAGGAAAUUGCCUGAGCGCAAUCCCCGGGCCUUCGACUCGCCGCUCGAUCUACAAGACGAAAUUUUGAACGACGAUCAUCACCGCAAUCGCGAGGACAAACCCGGUAGGCAUGCAUCGCAUCCCCAACACCACGUCCCGUUGGGCGGGCCGAAACACUUCAGGGCCACGCCGAACCAGAAGCGCCACCACAUCCACUCGUCAACACGAAUCACCAAGGUCGACAAU